UCGAGCUUUUCACGUUUCAACAUUUCACAGAAAAUUAUCCUCAUCCCGACUUGCAAUUUACACUCUCCAGAUAAGUCGUUCAAUCCAGUCUUCCGUCAUGCGGCUAAACAAUCGCGUUGCCAUAGUCACUGGCUCAUCCCAGGGAAUUGGUAGAGAGAUCUGCCAUCAAUUUUUCGUUGAGGGUGCAGUGCUUGUAUGCGCUGAUCUUAAGCCAAUUGGAAAGGGCGAAACUACUUCUACGCAUGAAUGGAUUGUCGGCGAAGGCGGGCAAGCCAUCUUUGUCGAGACCGAUGUCAGUGUAGCCUCCAGCUGGGAAGCACUCAUCGCAAAAGCUGUCAAGACAUAUGGGAGGCUUGAUAUUGUGGUAAACAACGCAGGCAUUUGCGCUGAGGCUAGCAACCCAUUACCCAUCGACCAAGUCGACGAAGACAUGUUCGACGCUCACAUGCGCAUCAACACACGAGGCGUUUUUCUCGGUUGCAAGUAUGCCGUUCGACAAUUCAAGGUACAAGAGCCACAAUCCAACGGUAUGCGCGGCUGGAUUGUGAACCUCGCUUCUAUGGUCUCCAAUAUCGGGAUGCAGGGACUUACUGGGUAUACAGCGUCUAAGGGUGCCGUUGCAGCUAUGACGAGAACCAUUGCACUGGACGUCGCGAAAGGAGGCAUUGUAGCCAAUUGCAUCGCUCCUGGAUUUUCUCAAACCGCCAUGCUUGAUGAUGCGCUUGGUGGGGCCUUGUCCGCCGCAGCGGACGCCGUCAAGGCCUCCAUUCCUCGCGGCAGCUUUGGGCACCCCACCGAUCAUGCAAGGGCUGCGGUGUAUCUUGCUAGCGAUGAUGCGCAAUGGGUUACGGGGCAGGUAUUGAAUGUGGAUGGUGGCUUGACCGCGCAGUGAAUCAUUCUCCUGUAGCAUUAGGAUCGUUGCAAACAUGACGGAGUCGUUGAGGCAUAACGCAUGUGCCGUGCUUGGGAAGGUCUGGACUGCCGUUCGGCUUUGCGAGUAAAAUCUGUCUAGAACAUCUGAGCUUUCGCGACUGAUGUAGCUCCAUACUGAUUGUGG